GGCCUGGGCCGGGCGUGCGGCCAUCAUGGCGGCGGCGGCGGCCGGGGCCGGGGCCGGGGCCUCGCCCAGCAUCGUGGAGUACUUCGAGGGCGAGGACUUCUACCGCUGCGGCUACUGCAAGGACGAGGCGGGCAGUCGUUCCAACGGAAUGUGGGCACAUUCGAUGACUGUUCAGGACUACCAAGAUCUCAUAGACAGAGGAUGGAGGAGAAGUGGGAAGUAUGUUUACAAGCCUGUUAUGAGUCAAACAUGUUGUCCUCAAUACACGAUAAGGUGUCGUCCUUUACAUUUCCAGCCUUCAAAGUCUCACAAGAAAGUUUUGAAGAAAAUGCUGAAAUUUCUUUCCAAAGGAGAAAUGUCCAAGGGAAACAGUGAGGAUGAACCUAUGGAUUCUCAUAUAGAGGAUGCAGUUGCCUGUGAUUUUGAAUUAAAAAGGAAAUUGGACAUCCACCAGUCUGACCUAAAAUCAUUGGAUGAUGACCGUGAAGAAGGAUUGGAGAAAGCCAAGGAGAAGAACAAAGAAAAAUGUUUGAGAGAAGAGGAACGUGACAAAUUGAUUCAGGCCUGUGUAGAGAAAGAGAAGCUGGGCUCCGGGGAACCGUCAAGUUCGAUUAAAGUUUUUCACGCGUCACCUAAACCAGGCAAAGGGGCAGAUUUGAGUAAGCCCCCGUGCCGGAAAGCCAAGGAUAUUCGGAAAGAAAGGAAACAGCAAAAGCUCAUUCUUCAGAACCAGACAGACAAACUUAUAUGUUCUCAAAUUCAAGAUGAACCACAGCCUUUGCUUUUGCCAAAGGCAGAAGCAAGUAAAUCCAAAACCAUUGAAGAUUUCAUUUUCAAUUCUUUACCCGAGGAUGCAGCACACCAGUUAGAGGUGAGGAUGGUGAGAUCAUCCCCACCAAGUUCCCAGUUCAAAGCCACAUUUCAGGAGUCUUACCAGGUCUAUAAACGUUACCAGAUGGUUAUUCACAAGGAUCCACCUGAAAAACCGACUCUAAAUCAGGUGAGGUUAGUACCGGUCUCCUUCGAGGAUCCAGAAUUCAAGUCCUCCUUCAACCAAUCAUUAUCUUUAUAUGCCAAGUAUCAAAUGGCCAUACACAAGGACACGGCUGCUGAAUGUGGGGAGACUGAGUUCACAAGAUUCCUUUGUAAUUCACCUUUGGAGGCCGAGACCCCCUCCAAUGGUCCCGAUUGUGGCUAUGGGUCUUUUCACCAACAGUAUUGGAUGGAUGGGAAGAUAAUUGCCGUGGGCGUAAUCGAUAUUCUCCCAUACUGCGUAUCAUCUGUGUACCUUUAUUACGAUCCAGACUUCUCAUUUCUGUCUUUGGGUGUCUACUCGGCACUAAGGGAGAUUGCUUUCACUAGGCAGCUGCGUGAAAAAGCACCUCAACUCUGCCAUUAUUACAUGGGUUUCUACAUUCAUUCAUGUCCCAAGAUGAGAUAUAAGGGUCAAUACAGACCUUCGGACUUGUUGUGUCCAGAGACGUAUGUCUGGGUGCCCAUCGAGCAGUGUCUGCCUGUACUUGAGAACUCCAAAUACUGCCGCUUCAAUCCGGACCCCAAAGCAGUUGAUGAAGGUCGCCUAAAGGAACUUGAUCGCUUACGAGUGCUUCACAAGAGAACGAUUAUGCCUUAUAACGUGUACAAGAGACGCCAGAAAGAUCCAAACAGUGAAGCCACUGUCCAGCAAUAUGCAAGUUUGGUGGGACAGGUGUGUUCGGAAAGGAUGUUACUUUUUAGAAGCUGAAGAAAAUGUUUUGAAGGUUAACAGUCAGUUAGGUACUAUAUCAUGCACUUCUAUUGGAUAAUCAAUAACCUGGUUCUAUUUUGAUAGAUAUAUAGGUAAAGAAGAUAGCUAAAAAUUAGAAACUUAUUAUAAAAAUAUUCUAAAAUGCUAAAGAGAAAAACCUGUGUGAAACCUAUAACAAGUUUAUGCAAAGACUUUGAGAAUGUGCCAAGACCUCAUCUCCAACUUCAGAUUUUUGUAAGCAAGAAAUACGGGGUUUCAUUUCAAAUGAUGCUUUUCUGGUUUGUACAAGUGCUACAGUGAGUUCUGAAUCGAUUUGGGUCCCAGAAGUAUUCAUUUUAUGUAGGAAAAAUGGCAGCAGUUUGGAUGCUCCAAACCAGUUAAAAUAAUUUUAUCUAUCUAUUGAUAGAUAUAGAUAUCAGGCUUAUUGACAAUAUAGUUCACAACUGCACAUGUUCAACCGGGCUUUGGUUUAACACAGUCUUAUGAAUGCCCUCUAAAGUUUUAUUCUCAAAAUCAGUGGAGAUGUCCAGGCUGCCCCGACCACCUCCUUCCCACGUCCCCCAUCAGGGCUCCUGGCCAUGCCCGUGCUGCACCAUAUGUAGCUGGACUGUUCCCGCUGUACUGCCCUUCUCUCUCCCAGAUGUCUGAGUAACUUCAACCUUUCAGGCCUUGCUGCUUCCCCAGCACCCUCCUCUUCCUCACCGAACUUCCUUCUCCUUUCUCCUCCCCUUUAUCUUGCUCCUGACCAUCCCAUGGCCCAACCAGUGACUACCUGGAGAGAAAGCAGUCACUAAGCCAACCACAAUGCUUUUCAGUGUCCUCAAAAGAGACAGCUUUACCUUCGGAGAAGAAAUCUCCAGGCCUUUUUCUACUUGUCUAAUGAUAGUCAAUCAUCUGGGCAUAUCUCACUGAGUCCUGAAAUGUUUCCUUAGUCCAGACCUCUUGAAUGGCUGACCUUCAUUAGGUGGAUGACCAACCUCUCUCAUUCUGCUACUUGAUAAUCUCCUUUUACAGGGACAGGACUAAGUUAAUGUCCAAGACCUCCCAAGUCUUGUGAGAGCUAGGGACCCAAGUUGCUCAGAGAGUGCAAAGAAUCCUCUCCCUCCCUUCCAUCCCCUUCCAAAAAAGAGACUCAAAAAUACAAGUGCAAAAUACUUCUAUGCAUCGACAGUGUUUUUAGGGGAAAAAAGUUUAAUCAAAUUUAGUCCCCACUGUAGUCCCCACCCCGCACACACACCCACAUACCAGGAUCCUUUCUGAGCCCCAGGAAAGCCUCUUUUUUUGCAGACUUGGUUGUCAAGAGGGCUGUGUAGAUGAUCAACCAGCAGCUGGAGAAGAAAUAAAACUGGGGGAUCUGAACCAUAUCCCCAUUCCUCCCUCCCCACACAUCUCUUGCCCCUUCCCUGCUGCCCCAAACUUGACUGACAUCUGCCUGGGGCAUUGCCCAGUUAGAGAGCCAGGCUUCAACAUGAGCACCUUUUGUACCCUCUAUUUGAGGAAAACCUGUCAAGGCUCCAAUCUGAAACACAGUUCAUCUGAGCGUUUUUUUUUCCACUCUAUUGAGCCGUUUUAAAAGCCACAGACUUCUAAAAAGACCGAUCAAUUGGCAACACAGAUUUGCAAUCUGUAUAGGUUCAUAAAUAAAGCAACUCAAGACAGUAGAGUGAAAAGGACACUUGAGCGUAUAAAUUUAAAAUAUGCAUCAGGCUCUGGGGUCCCGUUUAUCAUCAAUUUAUCAUCAAUCUUCUUUAACCGCUUACUUUACUCACCGCUCUGUCCUAACUGCAUUGGAUAAUGAAUUGUGUUUUCCAAAAGCAGAAUUUUUCUUUUGUCACCAUUAAAUUUGCUUUAAGAAGAGAGUAAAUGGAAGUAAAAAAAAAACCAGACUCCUUUGUUACAAAGCAAAUCCUUUUGUUAAGAAAGUUCACCAUGUUAAGGGAGAUCAAGAGAACCAUUAUGGUACUUCUUAAUAAUUGGAAAACAGAGUCCGCAACCAUCACCUGACUGUCCCUUCUAAUUAGAAACACAGCUCCCGAAGAACUGCAAGGUAUCUUUCAACAAUUUUACCUUCAAUUAAAUUACUUCAGUUGUCCAAGCUUUUCAGUGUUUUAAAUAGCUAUGAGCUAUGUAUUUUUUGAUCCAGAUGGAUUAGAGAUUGAUCCUUCUGUAGUUCUUUCAUUAUAAUUGAUUGAGUUAAGGAGGUAAUAAAUUUACUUCUACAGGACUGCACACCCUGUUUUUGUUUUUAAUGCAUAUGUUUUUUAUUUGUUAUGGGUAUGAUUUCUUCCAACUGCAUAAGAUUCAUGAAUGCGUAAGAUUUCAUUUUACACUCUAAAUUGUUUUAGUGCAGUGAAAGGUGGCAGAGGAUAAAUCCUGAAUAACUAAAGCAAAAUUGGUCACUAAUGUAAAAUAAUAAAGGGACAAGGAGAGUAGCUAAUUAAAAGGUUUUAAAUAUUGGAGAACACUUUGAAAAAUUGGAAAUAAGGGUCUAUGUUCAUAUUUCCAAAGUCAUCAAUGAAUGUAAGAGGAAGGAUGUGAUUAUAUGUUAAACGUAUCUUUCUGCUUUUGUAUCUACUUGUCUGCUGGGUGAAACUAGAUGGAAAGAAAUAAACUACUUCUUGUGUGUUCUGACUGUCACCAAUCAA